AUGCGUAUCUCUCAUUUAUUGUGGCAUUAUUGUCGGGAUGAAAGUAGUGAAUUGGAUUUGAUAUCGAAACGAAAAGAUUUGGCCAGAAGACAACAGGAGCUGGAACGUUUGGAGGAAGCGAAACGUCAACGUAUGGCACAGGUUGCGGCACGACGUGGUGAGCUACCCACUUCGAUAAUUGGUAAUGCACCGCCGCCACAAUCAGUCGGCGGCCCUCCACCGGGUCAAGUCAACUCGGGUAGUGGUGUACCACCACCACCUCCUUCUCGUGGUGAAUUCUUCGGUGCGGGAGGUACCACUCCCAGAGGUGCGCCUCCACCUCCUAGUCAUCAUCGUUAUACUACUACUAAUUCAUUUGGCUAA